AAUUCAUAUCAUAGAAAAACCACUUGACAAAGAAAGUAAAGAGAUUAUUAGGGUUUCCGCAACUACAAGAAACCAAACACCAAAAUCCCUAAUUUCAAAAAAAAUAAACACUGCAAGCAUCUAUAUCCCCAAAUUCUCACUCUUUUUGUCUUCCUCAACUUUGAUGUCAAUCGCAAAUAUCUUUCCUCUGCCUUGACGUCACUUUUAUGCUCUAUAGUUUCGGCUACAACACCAAAUCGGUCAAUCCUCGGUUUGAUUGGAAACAAUUGGCUUAUCUCAUAUCUCUGAUUAUUGGAGAACAGAGAACCAAGAACGGGGUGAGAGAGAGGAUGAAAAGGAUAUGUAGGAGAAAAAUAAAGAGGGAAAGGAGCUUAAUAACAGUGAGAAGGAAAGGGAAGGUCGAUGGACAAUGAUCAGGUCUGGGCAAGAUGGAAUAAGGAGAAGGGAGAGGUGUUUUUGUGGCUAAGUCGAAGGUGAGGACUGAUGAAAAUGAGAGAGAUAAAGAAUAGAGGAGAGAUGAUCAGUAGAGAGGAGUUUGGUCGGCACGAGGGAACAAGGCAAGGGGGAGUUUGGUCGACACAGAGGAACAGAAGAGGGGUUUAGGGGAAGAAGAUAAGGGUAAAUGGGUAAUGCCGUUAAUUUAAGUAUAAAUAAAUUAAUUAUAAUGAU